AUGAAAGGACAGACCAACUAUAACAAAGUGAGCCUCGAAAGGAAGAAGGUAGCAAUGAAAACCCCGAACGAUGAAGCAAAAGGAGGAAUGAUCGACAAAAAUGGUUCUAAAAAUCUAGGGCCCAUCUUCCUCAUAAUGCUUGGAAGUAUAUGCCAGAAGCUCCCUGCUCGGACGACUUCUUUGCAAGCGUGCAGAUUUGUUCGAGCAAGAUGGGAGCGUGGGUACUACAAGGACUUAUACCAUAGAAGAGUAUUACUGGGAGCAGAUCCGAUUAUUCAUCGAUCAUCCUAUCCGAACUGCGUGCGUUCUCAUCACUGUUUCGGCGGUGCUGUUCAACAGUGGUCUCAAAUCGAAUCGUCUGUCGAUGUCAGUUCUGAAGAGUACAAGCAGAACUACGCUCAAAUGAAGGAAAUAGUUGACGAUUUACGACAAAAGAUUGCUAAGAUCACCGAAGGAGGAGGUGAAAAAGCCCGAGCACUUCACAAGAGUCGUGGAAAAAUGCUGGCACGCGAACGAAUCAACGCGCUGAUUGAUCCAGGAACUUCGUUCUUGGAGUUCAGCCAGCUUGCCGGUUUUCAACUUUAUGGUAGUGAAGAAGUCCCUGCAGGUGGGCUCAUUACCGGCCUGGGAACUGUCUCAGGACGAGUUUGUGUGAUAUCCGCCAAUGACGCCACUGUGAAAGGAGGAACUUACUAUCCCAUCACUGUGAAGAAACAUCUUCGAGCACAGGAAAUUGCCAGAGAGAAUGCUCUUCCUUGCAUCUACCUAGUUGACUCUGGUGGCGCAAACUUGCCUCGUCAAGCUGAUAUUUUUGCGGAUAGAGACCAUUUUGGACGGAUAUUUUACAACCAGGCGACUCUGAGCAGCAAAGGCAUUCCCCAACUGGCUGUGGUUAUGGGUAGCUGUACCGCUGGAGGAGCUUAUGUUCCAGCUAUGGCAGAUCAAGCAAUCAUAGUUAAAGGAACUGGAACAGUCUUCCUUGGAGGACCUCCACUAGUCAAAGCGGCAACGGGCGAAGAUAUUUCUGCCGAAGAGCUCGGAGGAGCUGAUCUUCAUUGUAAUGAGUCUGGCGUAACUGACUACUAUGCCCACAACGAUGCCCAUGCUCUGCAUUUGGCACGGAAUGCCGCGACUCUGAGCAGCAAAGGCAUUCCCCAACUGGCUGUGGUUAUGGGUAGCUGUACCGCUGGAGGAGCUUAUGUUCCAGCUAUGGCAGAUCAAGCAAUCAUAGUUAAAGGAACUGGAACAGUCUUCCUUGGAGGACCUCCACUAGUCAAAGCGGCAACGGGCGAAGAUAUUUCUGCCGAAGAGCUCGGAGGAGCUGAUCUUCAUUGUAAUGAGUCUGGCGUAACUGACUACUAUGCCCACAACGAUGCCCAUGCUCUGCAUUUGGCACGGAAUGCCGUAGCUGGAAUGGGACCACCUACAGGAGCCACCGAAUUCGCUGAUCACUUUGAAGAACCCUUGUACCCUGCUGAAGAGUUACUCGGAAUUGUUGGGGCGAACCUCAAAAAGACGUUUGAAGUGCGGGAAGUGAUUGCUCGAGUAGUUGAUGGUUCUCGCUUUGAUGAAUUCAAAGAGCGUUACGGAGAAACUCUUGUGACUGGAUUCGCAAAAAUUUUUGGUCAGCCUGUUGGAAUUCUCGCCAACAAUGGUGUGCUGUUCUCGGAAUCUGCUAUGAAAGGAGCCCAUUUCAUUGAGUUAUGCUGCCAACGAAAGAUCCCUCUAAUCUUCUUACAAAACAUAACCGGUUUCAUGGUUGGACGUGAAGCUGAAGCAGGAGGAAUUGCCAAGCAUGGCGCUAAACUGGUGACUGCCGUGGCAUGUGCUUCUGUCCCUAAGUUAACUGUUCUGAUCGGUGGAUCAUAUGGAGCAGGAAACUAUGGAAUGUGUGGCCGAGCGUAUAGUCCACAGUUCCUGUUCAUGUGGCCGAACGCACGCAUUUCUGUAAUGGGUCGCGUACAAGCCGCUAAUAAAGAGGGUCAUCCAUACUUUGCAUCAGCACGACUUUGGGAUGAUGGUGUCAUAGACCCUCGUGAGACUCGUAAAGUAUUAGGCUUGACGCUACAAGCUACAUUGCAGAAACCGAUUCCUGAGACUAAAUUUGGUGUUUUCAGAAUGAAUUAUGCUUCCGAAGUGUAUGCUUUUGGUCAUCGUAUUGGUGCCCCUGAUGUACAACCAGAAGAGCUUGUUAAGGCAUUGACGAUGAGUUCUUUCUACACACGUGCUGACGUUGAAGAGGGUGCUGCUGGUGCUGCACCGAGCCAGUCAUCUGAAGUUGGUGAGGGUACUAACACGGAAUUGGUUGAGAAAGGUCGCGAAUUUAUAUCGCAAGUCCUCUCUUCUUACUUGCGAUGCCAGCUUCCACUCGCUCCAGAGGAAUUUGUGCAAGCCGUUGUUACGCAGCUGAGCUCCGAUCAACAACUGGCUGAUAUCGCAAAGCAUCUAGGUUUGUUUCAACCUCAAAGUUAA